AUGUUCUCACUCGACGGCCACACGGCCAUGGUCACUGGCGGCACGCGGGGCAUCGGCCAGGCUGUCGCCGUUGGCCUGGCCGAAGCUGGUGCCGACAUUAUUCUCGUCCAGCGCGAUGCUAGUGUUGUCGAGACCAAAAAUCUCGUCGAGGCGCUGGGUCGCAAGGCCUGGAUCUACACGGCCGACAUGGCCGUCCAGGAACAGGUCGCCGCCCUGACGCCCAAAAUCCUCGCCGACGGCCACGAGAUUCGCAUCCUGGUCAACUGCGCUGGCAUUCAGCGCCGACAUCCCUGCGAAGAGUUCCCCGACAGCGAUUUCAACGAGGUCAUCCAAGUCAACCUCAACGCCGUCUUCACACUCUGCCGCGACGUCGGCGCUCACUUGCUACAGCUCGCGCCGUCCCCCGUCACCGGCCGCCGCGGCAGCGUCAUCAACUUCGCCUCCCUGCUCACCUUCCAGGGCGGGCUGACCGUGCCGGCCUACGCGGCGUCCAAGGGCGCCGUCGGGCAACUGACCAAGAGCUUCGCCAACGAGUGGACCAGCAAGGGCAUCACGGUCAACGCCAUCGCGCCCGGCUACAUCGAGACGGAGAUGAACACGGCCCUGCUCGGCAACCCGGAGCGCCUGGCCAGCAUCAGUGCCCGCAUCCCUGCCGGCCGCUGGGGAUCGCCCGACGAUUUCAAGGGCACGGCCGUGUAUCUGGCGAGCCGAUCGAGCGCAUAUGUCAGCGGCCAUGUGCUGGUGGUGGACGGCGGCUGGAUGGGCCGGUAG